GAACAAGUUCGAUUUAAUGGCUUUGGGAUUUUUCUCUUCAUUAUUUAUCCUGGAGCAUUUGUUGAUCUGUUCACCACUCAUUUGCAACUUAUAUCACCGGUCCAGCAGCUAAGGAUAUUCUGUGCAGCCUUAUCCGCAGCCUACCAGUCGCCACCUGCUCUUCCAGGAGCCAAAACCGCUGCCUAGCCAUGGCCUCAGAGGACUCUCUCAACAUCCCCCCAGAAAAUUCAGAGUUACUUAAAGAUAUUACGGAGCUGCGCCAGAUCCACGUGGAGGCCGUGCCUGUGGAGGCCGUCCCUGUGGAGACUAUGUCGAUGGAAACCAUGACAGAGUACGAGAUUAUCAACGGCAGUUGGGUCCACGGAGGCCACCACCAACCGCCUCUGAUCGCGCUGCAGCCGCUGUUUACCAGCAACUCGAGCCAAGGAGACCACGACCAGGACAUAAUCAUGGUGCAGACGCAGGAGGAAGUGGUGGGCUACUACGAGUCAGACGACCUGCAGGCCAGCAACAAUUUCGAGGGCCAGGUGGUCAUCCCGCUCGGUGAAGACGACGAUUUCCAGCAGACCCUGGCUUCCUUGGCAGCUUCAGCGUCGUCGUCAGCGGUCAGCCACAGCAGGAAGCGCAGCAGCCAAAGCAAGAAGUCGAGCGGUAAGAAGAAUUACACUGAUAGUGAGGCCCAUGGGGGAAGUAGCAGCUCUGAGAUUGGCAGCAAGAAGUGGGAGCAGAAGCAGGUGCAGAUCAAAACCCUGGAGGAUGAGUUCUCCAUCACCCUGUGGCCCCCAGAUGACCAAAGAGACCAGGAGACAGGGAAGAUUGAGAAAUCAGCUCCUGAUUAUUCAGAGUACCUGACAGGGAAGAAGCUUCCUCCUGAAGGACUACCUGGUAUUGAUCUCUCAGAUCCUAAACAACUAGCAGAAUUUACUAAAAUGAAGCCAAAAAAAAAAGAAGAUGCUCCAAGAACAGUAGCUUGUCCUCAUAAAGGUUGUGAGAAGAUGUUCAAGGAUAACUCUGCUUUGCGAAAACAUCUGCACAUCCACGGUCCUAGAGUCCACGUAUGUGCAGAAUGUGGCAAAGCUUUUGUCGAGAGCUCCAAACUAAAACGACAUCAGCUGGUGCACACUGGAGAGAAGCCCUUUCAGUGCACAUUUGAAGGCUGCGGAAAACGCUUUUCCCUGGAUUUCAAUUUGCGUACACAUGUGCGAAUCCAUACCGGAGACAAGCCCUACGCGUGCCCCUUUGCUGGUUGUAAUAAGAAGUUUGCUCAGUCAACUAACCUGAAAUCUCAUAUCUUAACGCAUGCUAAAAACAAAAACAACCAGUAAGAAGGGAAGACCCUUCUCAAAGUUGGGAAGUGUCUUCCAGGAGCAUGAUUGAAAAUGAAUAUGCCACUUUUGUGUAUUGUUUGUAGGAAAUAAUAUUUUUAUUGAUUCCUGUAUAAAUAAGGGUCAUGUUUUGAUAGAGCAGUAAAAAUAAAAGUAAAAAGUAAAAUAUAUAUAUUUAAUAUAUAUACCUUUAUAUAACAUUGUUAGGGUGCUAUAUCUUGUUCUGUAAUACUAUUUGAAAAACAUGGUGUUUUGUAAUGUUUGGUCCCAACAAGGAUAAUUUAUGAACCUCACAUCAAAAGAUGGUUCUUUAUACAACUCUUCUAAAAAUGGGACUUCUUUUCACAUUUUUUAAAAUACGAAGUUCACCUAUUGCUCACAAAUUUUUAAAGUUGUGUAUUUUCCAAAUGUUCAUAUUUAUAGUUUUAGGAAUAUGUUUAGUAAUUCUUUGUAUGGUUUUUCUGAAGGUUGAUAACUUUGCUUGGAAUAGAUUUUCUUUAAAACAAUGAACAGUAACCUACAUGAAGUAUUUUCCUGUUUAAAAAAAGUUAUAUAGGCUUUGUUUGCUAUCUUAAUUUUGGUUGUAUUCUUUGAUGUUAAAACAUUUUUCAUAACUAUCUUUUAGCUGCAUUGAUUUAUGUAGUAUUGAGUAUUAGAUGUGACUUAAUAGUCAAAUUCAAUCUAUUUUAGUCAUUUUAUUACCCCAAAAUACUGCAGGUGGUGUUCAGUA